AUGAACCGGGGUCCGUAUGCCAGACACCUCCCAGGGUCAGGGGCUGCCGCGGGUCCUAAGGCCGGUGCACGGUGGGGAACCCGGGAGGGGCUCGGACCCCUCGAACGUGGCUUAAAGCACAACAAAGCAAGCAAACCCCCAACACCUGGAGGCAGCUCCGAGCUCCUCGCCAGGCGGUGGCUGGGAGAUCCGCCAGCCGCGCGACGGUCCGGGACACAAAAAUCUCGGGGCCGGCGGACACUGGAGCCUCCGACUGCCCGGCGCCGGGGGCCGGCAAAGUCCCCCCGGAGGCGGCGAGGGGACCCCGACCCUGCCGGAGGAAUGAGGCGCUCGGCCCGCGGGCCCGGAAGACGAGCCCCCGACCCCGCUCCCCAAGCCCCGGCCCCGCGACCCCCCCCGGCCCUCCGUCCCCCCGCCACCCCCUCAGGCUUCCCAUUCCCUGUGGACCCCACGGACCCCCCCCCACCUCCCAACCUUCGCGACAUCUCCGGCCCCCGAGAUCCCCUCUCGGGCUCCCAUCCUUCGCGACCUCCACCCCCAGAUUCCCCAUCCCGGCCCCGCGUCGCCCGGCCCCCCCACCCCGCACCCCCCACCCCCCAGCGGGGACCCCGACCCGACCCCGCGGCCGCGCCCCUCCCCGCGCACACGCACCUGCGGCCCCGCCCCCGGCCAGACGCCGAGGCGGCGGCGGGCUGGCGAGGUGCGGUCACCUUCCCUUCCCCCGCCAUUCCGCCCACCCCCCUCGCUCGACCGCGGAGCAGCCGCCGCGCUCCGCGGCCGCCCCGAAAUCUAAAGGGUCCGUCUCCGGCGCCGCAACCAAAUGGCCGAGCCUCCCCGUCCGGCAGCGCAGCCCGCCCAUUGGGCCCUUCCCCCCGCCGCCGCUGCGGCUAUUGGCUGGCUCCGGAGACCCUCCUCGGCGAUUGGCUGACGCUGCUGCCACUCGCGCUCGAAGCCGCAGCUCCCGCCUCCCCGGCGAUCAGGUUCGUGUGCGCCGCGGUGCUGGGGGCUCGAGGACCGAGCGGAGCUGGUUGA